AUGGCGAUGAUCUCGAAGCUUUUCGCCGGCAGCUCUCCAACGGACACCGACCCGCUUGUAGACUGGGAUUUUGUCACUACAUCACAGACAGGUGCAAAUAACCGCCAAAUUCGCUAUCCGCGAGGGAAAUGUCUAGGGGGCAGCUCAGCCCUCAACUUCAUGAUCUACCAGCGUCCAGACACGGGCUCCAUGCAGCUCUGGGCUGACACGGUCGGGGACCAGAGCUACACCUUCGAGAACAUGCUGCCAUACUAUAAGAAGAGCGUGCAGUUCACACCACCUGACACGAAUAUGAGAGAUCCGAAUGCAACGACGCAGUAUGAUGCCAGUGCCUUCGAUUCAGCUGGCGGACCCCUGCGAGUGUCCUCGACAAUCAGCCCGGAAAACGAGAAUCGGGACUCGUCCCAAACCUCAUUCCUCAGCGCGGUGGAGUCAAGGCCGAAUCUCAGCGUCUACCAUUCAACCAAGGCGAGCAAGGUCGUGUUCGAUGGGAACAAGUCUGCCACGGGCGUGCUGCUUGAUUCGGGCUACAUGCUCUCGGCGAACAAGGAGGUCAUCCUCUCUGCAGGAGCCUUUCAAACUCCACAGCUCCUGGUGCUGUCGGGAAUUGGGCCUGCAGAGAUUCUUCGGAGGUUUGACAUCCAGGUCAUUGUUGACCGUCCUGGGGUGGGACAGAACUUAACAGACCACAUCUUCUUUGGGCCAUUGUACCGCGUUAAGGUACAGACUCUCACAUAUCUCGCCAACAACCUCGCAUAUGUUGCUGAGCAGUACGCAACAGCUUAUCUCCCUUCCAACGAAGGCCCCCUAACCAACCCUGUCUGCGAUUACCUCGGCUGGGAGAAGGCACCGCGAGCCAACAUCACCGCCAGCGCAGCCACAGCCCUGGACCAGCUUCCCGGCUCGUGGCCCGGGAUCGAAUACCUGCCGGCACCAGGAUACGUCGGGGCCUUCACCAACCUCUUCACGACCCAGCCCAACGACGGGUACCAGUACGCCACAAUCCUCGCCGCCCUCGUGGCCCCGCAGUCCCGCGGCACAGUGACCAUCUCCUCGAGCGACGUGGCCGACCUGCCCCUCGUGGACCCGCGCUGGCUGACCGACCCGACGGACCAGCCUUUAGGUCGGGCGCGAUGCGGGCCCGCCCUCGCCGACACGGCCGAGUACUUCCCCGGAGCGGAGGUGUCGGGCGACGAGCAGGUGCUGGACACGGUGCGCGACACCCUCAUGACGGUGUACCACGCGAGCUGCACCGCGCGCAUGGGCAGGGCCGACGACCCGACGGCCGUGGUGGACAGCCGCGCCAGGGUCGUUGGCGUGCAGAGGCUGAGGGUCGUGGACGCGAGCAGCUUUGCGCUGCUGCCGCCGGGGCAUCCUCAGAGUACGGUUUAUGCUUUUGCUGAGAAGAUUGCGGAUGAUGUCAAGGAUGGGAGGUAG